UGCAAUUGCGGACGCAUAUAACGUUGCCACUUACGUUGUUGCCAGUUAUAAAUAUCUACGGAUUGUUUAGUGCACAUUCGCUUCGAAAUUCUAUACUUUUCUUCACACAGAAUACAAAACUGUAAUUUGGGCUGGACAACAUGGCGCAGUUGGUAUCCAUUAUGGAGGUUUUGGCUAAAGCAGCUGUAGCAGAAAUUAACAAACGGGUUGAUGAUAGCUGUGCAGUUAUACGUUUGGAAAUUACCCAAAGCCAGCGAGAUAUUGAUGUACUGAAAAGGAAGUGUCAAAUGAUGGAGAGCGAGCUGAAGAAGACACGAGGACAAUUCAGGAAAAAAGUUCUUUACCCCAUGGCAUCAGAGAGAUCUUCAUAUCCAGUCAAGAUUGUUUUGAACAAGCAGAAGAGUAAAUCACAGUGGAGAGAUGGAGAGAUGGCUGUUGAAGAGGACUCUCAACCCCAGCCUACAGAUGUGGAGCAGAGAGCAGAGACUGAACCCAUACUGAUCAAAGAUGAGGAGACAGCAGAGGAUGUAUGGAAGACUGACCCUCAGGAAGAGCUCAGGAUCACUGGAGAGGAGUCUGGUUCCAAGCCUGGGCAACCACCAUCCUUUGAGCAACGGCACUUUGAGGACUUCAUCCCACAACCCAACAUAUCUCCUGAAGACUCGGUGGAACAUUGCCCCAAUUCUGAUGGUCCAGAGGAACCAGACACACCCCGGCUCGCGUCUACAGAGGUGUGUAGCACAGAGCAGCACCAGCCAGCCGAGGAUGAGGACUCACAAGAGCUAGUGAUGGUGAAGGAUGAGAAAAAGGAGGAGCUGGAUCAGACCACAGCCCUGGCAGGACCUGACCAGUUUGUCAUGGAUGAGACUGAUGGGCAGCUGUGGACCUCUGUGGAUCCAGGCAGAGACACUGACGGCCACCCAGAUUUCUCCUUUCAUGCCAUAGAGGAGUACUCUCAGAAUAUCUCAAUUUUUCCAUCUCAUAGUCAUAGUGGGCUUCCAUCCCUUCCUACUAUGACAGAUGAUGGAGGGCCAUCACUUCACUCUAUAGGGAAACCACAUGCUGACAUGCUCAGUGCAGCAGCACACAUGAAAAGACAUGUCAGGACAUUGGCUGAUGAGACUAGACAACAGAUGCCAGAAGGACAGAGCAGCGAGACACUGAGCUCAAAUAAUGACGGAAAUAGUUUAGAUCUACAGCCAAGGCAGCAUCAGCACAGGGCUUCAGAAGCAACAGUGAGAAUGAGUGAGUGCAUGACAGGGUCAAACAUGGCCACCACCUCCACCUUCUCUGGAUACAGCCUGAGUCGCAGUAGUUUUAACAUGGUGAAGAGAAUGAGGACUCAGUGGAGGUCGGGCGGCACCACCGGAGAGAAACCGUACACCUGCGAACAGUGUGGCAGGAGUUUCCCCAAGCAGUACAACCUGAUCAGACAUGCUGUGGUCCACAGCGGGGAGAAGCCCUACAAGUGCACACAGUGUGGGAAAUGCUUCACCCAGCGCUCCAGUAUGACGUCACAUCAGAGAACUCACAUAGGAGAGCGUCCGGUGUCUCAAUAUGGGGUACCCGCAUACCCUGGGGAUCCACACACAAGUUUAAUGUUGUCUCAGACGAGAUGGAACAAAUAAAACAUAGCAUAGCUUGUCUAACACUUUCUGUGAAAAUGUGGUACAGCAGGUGUUUUGAGACUGACACGCUUUUCCUCCUAAACCAUUUCACAAAUCAAUUUCAUGUUUGACUGACAGCUCCACAGUUUCAUUUGAACAACCUAUUUACAACUUAAUCAGUCAAAUGUUAUUUAAUCAAAUGUAUUUCUAGAAAUAGUCGAUCCUGCGCAUUUAGAUAAAGAAAACAUAUAGUAGCCAUUUAGUAUGUGUUGUCUAGUUAGUGUUUGUCUAUCUGGAACAAUUUCUUGCUACAAGGUACAGUCUCGUAUCAAGUCAGGUUAAUAACUAAACUUUAUUUCUUGAAUUAUAUUUUUUGAAAGUUAUUGCAAGGUAAUAAAAUGUUUCAGUUUAACAGCGUACAUGUUACAUGUACAGUGCCUUCAGAAAGUAUUCAUACCCCUUGACUUUUUACAGCUUGAAUUUAAAAUUGAUUAAAUUAAUAUUUGUUGUCACUUGCUUUUCACAUAAUACCCCUUAAUGUCAAAGUGGAAUCUUAUAUUUAGAAAUGUAUAGAAAUUAAUUAAAAAUGAAAAGCUGAAAUGUCUUGAGUC